AUGAAGGACUGCAACGUAGCUACUCAGACACGCCGUGCACGUACAUUCUGGCAGAAGUUUCCGGAGAAAGAGGCUUUGAAUCAAUACUGGUACUCAGUGGAUACUGUCGCUACGCUUGCCAAGGAAGCCAUCGUAGAGACACCGGAAAGUGGCCGCAUUGCCUUUUUGUCGACUCCGAGUGUCUACUUUGCGGUACAGUCACAGCAGAACGACGACUCAAACCAACGCGAAUGUUUUCUGUUUGACUUCGACUCCAAAUUCGCAUCCGAAGGAGAACAUUUUGUCCCUUUCGACUUUAACAAACCCAAGGAGAUCCCAACGAAGCUGGUCAACUCCUUCGAUUUCGUCAUAGUCGACCCUCCUUUCAUCACUAGGGAAGUUUGGGAGCUCUAUGCGAAAGCUGUCAAGCUACUACUGCGUUCGAAGGACAGUAAAAUUCUCCUCACCACCAUAGAAGAGAACGCGACUAUGAUAUACGAAUUACUAGGAUGCCGCUCGCAAACGUUCAAACCGUCCAUUCCGCACUUGGUUUACCAGUACGCACUCUUCACAAACUAUGGAUCGCCAGCACUUGACUCUGUCAACCCCGAGAUCGACUACGACUAGCAUUUGCCAUAGCUACAUGCACUACCGAUUGUCAAAGAAAUAACACGAAUAGUUCUUCAAUA